GCCAUCAUGUUGAGAAAGUUUCUACAAAUUCAACAGAUCAAUACAGAAAGCAGAGCCUGGACAACGUUGAUACAAGUAGUGGAGAGAACCAAUGUGUUGACUAGCCGCCCACCAAAGAACACCAAGUUUCGUAGAUAUCUGCUUACCGAUUCAGAGGGAACAAAGGUUACUGCACUUGUUUAUGUGAGAUACUAUGUGUCAAACGUUGAGGUGAAAGAAGCAGACCCUAAAUAUUUGGUUGGCGAUUACCCCUUUAGCUUACUUACAAAACGUCAUUUAAUCGAGGAAGUUAAAGAGCCUCUACCUCCUCAGUUUUCUUGUCACAUUGAAAUCCAAAAAUACAAAAACCUCUUCCGAUUUGCAGAGACAGAGAAUCUACAAAAUGUUCUUGGUAUAGUUCUACAUGUUUUUCCAGUGAAGAAAACUCAAGGAUCCAAAACUCGAGAUUUGGUGAUUGUAAAUGAAGAGGGAAAAAAUUCCAAUGAUCUUAACUUUGUGGGACGAGUUUGA